GGAAGCAUGACAGCAAGGUUUCCGCCACACCAAAAACUGUUGGGAUUGAAAAGCCUGUCUUGGGGGAAAAAACAAAGCUCUGUUUCUGUACGUGUGUGAGUCCGUGUGGAGCUCAAGAACUAGCUCAUGGUGGGAAAAUGGCACUAAAUGAAACAAAUGCAUUUUUGGAAAUAUUAAAAUCAUUUAAUGUUGGUGAUAUGAUUCUAGCCUUCUGUUUGUCUAUUCUCGUGGGCCUGCUGCUGGGAGCUUUGAUCUACGUUUUGUUGACCUGGGCAUCAAGACGCCGGGCUACGGCCAGGAUCACAAGGCGCUCCAAGAAGAAAUCUGGCAGUUCGCGACGUGACCCCACGGGCAGCCAGUUUGGCCUUUACCGAAGCACUUUCCUGAGUGUUUAUAGGCAGCCCUCUCUAGAGCCGGUGGGCCCCUUGGGGAGUAAACCCGGCGCAGAGACGUCCACCUUUCGGCCGCUGCCCAAAAAGAGCAGGCCCAGCCUGGACAUGGGAGAUGAUACACGGGUAACCAUGUCAGAGGACACAGUGGCCAUGGACUCUUCUGACUCAGCCUCCCUCGUACCAAGCAAGAGGAAUUCCUUCUGGCUGGGCGGCAACGGGCUUAAAGGUUUCCUUCCCUCACACACUCCACCUCCUGCAUAUGACAGUGUCAUCCAUGCCUUCCAGGAGACUUGCACUUAAAGCUGUUGGUAUGACAACGAGAACUGAAUCUGCUUUUUUUGUGAAGCAUCCACAGCCUGUUAAAACAGACUACAGUCGCAAUGUUUUUUUGUAAUAACUGCACAUUUAGUUUGAUUUUUCUUUUAUGAAAAAGUGUUACAGUGGCUCUCGAAAGUCACCUUGGUUAAAAUGUCAGCUUUUAAUUAUGAAAAAAAUGAGACCAUGAUAAAUCAUUUUAAAACAGUUUUCAAUGUGAAAUGUG